AUGGAUAAGGAUAUUUUUAAUACAUAUAAAAUUAUUGAGUUUCAAGCUAACCAAAAAAAUAUAUUUCAAAUUUGGAAGGAAUAUGUAAAAGAAGAACUGUUGUUAAUGCACUCAAAAGAAAAUAAUACAUGUAAUAAUAAAAUAAAUAAUAUAUAUAAUAUAUAUAAUAAUACAUAUAAUAAUACAUAUAAUUAUGUAUAUUAUAAAAAAAAUGAAACAUAUAAUCAUAUAAAAUCAAUAAGAAAUUUUUAUAAAUAUGCUGACGAAUGGAAAGAACUACCAAUCUCAUUAGAUUGUAGUGAAGAGUGUUGUAGCAAUAAUGAUCUUAUAAAAAAAAAAAAAGAUAGACAUAAAAAAAAUAUUAAACACCUAGAUGAUAAAGAAAAAAAAAGUGAUUCACAAUCAGAUAGUGAAAAAUUAAAACAAGAUGAAAAUAAAGAAAUUAUAAACUACCAAUAUGAUACAAGUAAGUCAUCAAAAAUAUUUAAUAAUGAUCAUCAAAGUAUAAAAAAUAAUAAACUUAUUGAUGAUAUUAAAAUAAAUAAUAAAGUAUUAUCUUAUGAAAAUUAUUUAGAUAUAUAUGAAAAAUAUAUUGAAUGUUUAAAUAAAAAUAUUGAAAAAAACUUAAAAGAAAAUGAAACAUGUAUUGUUACAUAUAAUAAUUUUAUAAAUAGACAUAUUAAUAUUAUAUAUAAAGAAAAUAUUAAUUUUUUAAAAUAUUUUUAUUCAUGUUUAAAUAUUAUAAAAGAAAAUAAAAUUAUUAUACCUAAAGGUUUUUAUCUAUAUGAAUUAAUAUAUCCACAAACUAUUCAUUCAUUUCCUAUAAUUAAUAAAUUUAAUUAUUAUUUUGUCAAAUUAUUUAUAAAUAAUAAAUGGUAUUUAAUAUUUAUAAAUUUAUAUCUACCUUAUAAUAAAAAAAAUGAUCAUAUAUUGUCAUGUUAUUCAACUUUUACACAAGAAAUAUGGACACAUAUAUUAAUUAAAGCAUUAUAUAAAUGUUUUCAUCUUUUCCAUUUUAAAAAUUAUCACCUACAUAUAAUUGAAAUGUUAACAGGUCUUAAAUUUAUUAAAUCAUCCUUUAAUAUUAAUAAAAUCAUAAGUAAUUAUAAAAAUAAUUAUAUUCAAUGUGUCCUUUUAAAUCAACAUGAAAAAGAAAAGUCAACUAAUAAUAAUAAAAAGAAUAAUAAUAAUAAUAAUAAUAAUAAUAAUAAUAAUAAUAAAAAGAAUAAUAAUAAUAAUAGAAAUGUCAAUAAAAUAACAGACAAUAAUAAUAAACAAUAUAUUUACAACCAAUCAAAUAAUUCCUUAUCUAUAAAAAAUAAUCCAUUCUUUUAUUUUUUAAUAUGCUCUUUUCAAGAUAAACAAUUUAUAAGCGUAAAAUGUUCUGACAUAAAACCUUACAACUACAUACAAAUGUCUAACCAUACAAUUAAUCAAAAAAAAGAAAAAGAAAAAAAUCUACUCAAGGGAUAUAAAUAUAUAAACACAAAAGGAAAUAUUCAAAUUUCUAACGCUGAAUUAGUACCACUUUUUAAAAAUACAACUGAUAUAGAUUCAUCUGAAAAAUAUAUUAAACCAUCAUCCAUAUCAACAAAUGAUCAUGAUAUUAAAAUGAUAUAUAACGAUAACGAACUAACACAUAAAAAAUACAAUAUUAUAAUAAAUGAAAAUACACAACAUGUUAUUCAAUCUAUUAAAGAUAUAUUAUGCAACGAACUAAAUAAAGUUCAAAAAAUAAAAAAUAAUGAUGACUCAGAUAAAAGUAAUACUAAAAAUAUUCAUCUCAAAAAAGAUAAUAAAAAGAAUAAUAAAGAUAUUUAUAAAUGGUUUAAAGACAACGAAAUUGAAAAAAUCCUAGAACUAAUAAACCUUAAUUAUUCAUCAGAAUACCAAAUAAAAAUAGACCCAUCAUUAAAAAAUAAGAAAAUCGUCUCUUAUCUCAAUAAAAACAAAUUUGAAUUAAUAUCAUUAAAUGAAUAUAUCAAAAAUAGAUUGAAACCUUUUAAAGCACUACAUAAAAGUAACAGCGUUAAAAAUAUUAUACCCAAAUCUUAUCAACAUAUAUAUAUAGACAAAAAAAAAGGAAAAAAUAAUCAAACCAAAAAUGAUAAUAUGGAUAAUAAUCAUAUUUUAUCUGAUCCUAAUAUGUCAGUACUACCAAAUGAUUGUCCAUAUGUUAUAUUAAUUUGUUACAUAUCAAUCAAAGAAGAACAAACAGAAAAUAACAAAAAAAAAGAAACAAAUUUUAACAUACAAAAUGAUGAUAUAAAAUGUGAAAAAGAUAAUGUCAACUUAAAUAAAUUUUUGGAUUUUUUUAUUUACUUUUUUCCUCAUCAAAUGUGUAAAUAUAAUAAUUAUAAAGAUAUAUAUAAUUUUGAUCAAGAAGGAAAAAAUUCUGAACAAGUCAGAAAAAAGAAGAACAAGAGGAAGAAAGAAAAAAAAAAAAAAAAAAAAACAGCUAGCCAAAUAUUUGAAGCAAGAAAAAAAAAAAAACAAAAGGAGCAAGAAAUAUUAUUUUUAAAUGAUAUGUAUGAUUCCAAUUUGUUUUUUAAAAAAAUAGGUGAGAGGGAUCAUAAUGAGGAUAUUAUUCCUUUUAUACCAUGUGCUAACUUUUUACAACAAGUAUUAAAUAAUAAUAAUUAUAAAAAUUAUUUUUUUUUUAAUAAAAUAGUGAAAAGGAAAAUACGUCUUGAAAAAAAUAAGGAACACUUUUUUAUUUUGUAUACAAAAAGACCUGAAUAUAAUGAUUUUUACAUUGAAUGGAUAAAUGAAAAGAAAAAAAAUCUUGAGAGGUUUUAUAUGAUAAGUAGUUCAUUUAUAACAAUUGAGGAAUAUUUUGAGAAAUAUAUGAAAAUGUCUAUGUCGUUUUUACAAAAAAAAGAGAUUUCUUUAAAAAAAGAAAUGUUGAAUAAUAAAGUUUUAUUAAAAUUUGUGGUCACCAUAAAUAUGAAUGAUAAAAAAGAAGAGAAUGAUGAACAUGGACAGGAUAUAAAUGUAAAUAUAAAUCAUACUACUUACAUAGAAAGAAUAAAUCAUGAUAUAUCACAACAUCUAUGUGAUUUUAAUGAAUUAAUUAAUUUCCAUAUUUAUCUUAUAAUAAAAAUUAAUAAUUUUAAUAUAGUUCCAUAUUUAAAUUUAUAUAUGUGUAGAAUAAAGAAUGAUGAUAUAUUAUAUAUUCAAAAUAAUAUAGAAGAAGAAAAUAAAAUAAUAAAAAAUAAAAAAAUAAAAAGUAAAAAAAUAAAAAUAAAUACAUCUAAAAAAAAUAAUUCAAUAUACGAUUGUGAGGAAUAUUUUAAUAUUGUAGGUACAUUUCAUAAAUAUUCAUUAGAUGAAUUAAUUUAUAAAAUAUAUAUCCCUUUUGAUCAAAUAAAUAAACAUCAUAAAUAUCUUUUCUUAUUAGUAACAAAAAAGUUAAUAUGGAAAUAUAAUGUAAAUUUUAAUAUUUAUAUAAAUGUAGCAUAUCCUAAAGAGGAUCAUAAUAUAUGCUAUAACAAUUAUGAUAAUUCAAAAAAAAAUAGAAAAAAAGAAAUAGUCACAGAUAUUUUUGAGAUACCAUCUUGUUGUUCAAAUAAUACAUUUACACAUACAUUUACAGUAUCACAAAAAGAUAUAUGUAAAAAUAUUAUGAACACAGAUGAUAGUAAUAGGAGUAAUUUUAUGAAUACGAAUACAUCACAUGUUGAUAAUAAAAAUAUAAUAAAUAUGUCAGAUGUACAAAGAUUAAAUUCGUAUGAUCAGAAGAAUAAGAAUAUUCAUGAUAAUUUAUGUUGUAAGAAUAUAAUUCAAAUUGUUAAAAAGAUAAUUCUAAAAAAUAAAAAUGAAUACACAUAUGGUAGUAUAUUCAUACAAUUAAAAAAUUAUCAUCUAUAUGAAUAUAUAGAAACAAAAAUUAUAAAAAUAGAAAAAUCAAAAAAAAAAAUUAUGACAUGUAAUAAUUUUGAUAUGGAUUUUAUCUUAACAAAUUAUAAAAGAAAGGUUAUAUUAUCAAAGAAAAAAAAAAAGAAUAUAUUUUUUAAACAUGUAUUAUUAAAUACAAAUGAUACAUAUAUUAUUGUUAUAAAGGUAAAAAUUAAAAAUAAUCAUAAUGAACCUAAAUUAGAUUUAAAGUUAAUAGAUAAUGAUACAUAUAAAUCUACAUGUGAUAGUAAAGAUAUUGAUUUAAAUAAAUCAUUAUUAGAUAAUGAUACAUAUAAAUCUACAUGUGAUAGUAAAGAUAUGCAUUUAAAUAAAUCAUUAUUAGAUAAUGAUAAAAAAAAUAAUAAUGAUGAAACAAAUUACAAAUAUAAAAAAGAAACACAUUCAAAUAAUAUUAUAAUUAACCUUGACAUAUUAUUAAAUUUUAUUGAUAAUGUUCAUUUGAAAGAUGAUACUACAAUAUAUGAAGAUAUCAAUAGAGAAAUAAAUAAAUAUAAAGAACAUAAAAAAAUAGAUAUAGAACAAUUAAAAUUUUGUUUCAGUCAAAAUAUAAUUCGAAAUAUUUUUGAUUUUAAAAAUGAUAUGUUAUUAUAUUUUAAAAGAAAUUAUGAAAAUAUAUGUAUGCAUAUAAUAAAAAAUUUAUGUGAUUUUAAUAAUUAUAAUAAAGAUAAUAAUCAAACGGAAUAUAUAAAAAUACUAAAUGAUAAUAAAAAAAAUGACAAUAAUAAUAAAUUAUAUAUUAAAAAAAUAAAUGACAAGGAUAAAAAUAUAAAAAUUGAUCAUAUCAUUGGACAGAAUAUAAAAAAAAGCAUAAUAAAUAAUAUCAAUGAUAAUAAUAUAGGAUCCUUUAAUCAAAUUAAUAAUUUAUAUUUGAAUCAAAAUGUAUUUCAUUAUAUGACAUCAAAUAUUUUAAAAUAUGAUGAAGAAUCCUUGCGUUAUAUAUUUUAUAAAUUUUUUGAAAAUAAUAUUAAAGAAAUACAUAUCAAUAAAUUUAUAGAUAUAUGUAAAAAUAUAGAAAACUUAGAAAAUAUUAAAAAUUGUUCUUUUUUAAUAAAAAUAGAACAAAAAAUUGAAAAGAAUAAUAUUUUUUUAGCACCUAUAGAUGAACAUAAUAUUUAUAAUAAGUAUGAUAUAAAAGAAAAAAUAAUGUAUAAUGACAACCAUAUUAUCAAUCAAGAUAAUGAUAAAUUAUUUAAAGAUAUCUUCACAUAUGGAAAGAAAAUACAACAUAUUAUUAAUGAUAUAAUAAAUUUUUAUAAAAUAAAAAAUAAAGAUUUCAAUUUAUUAAAAUGCAAAAUGGAUGCUGAAUUACAAUUAAAUGAAAAAUGUAUUGGCAAUUUUGAUUUCUCCCUUAAUAAUAAUAUAAAUAAUAAUAUAAAUAAUAAUACAGAAAUUUUUAUAAAGAAUAAAAAUAUGAAACAAAUAAAAUAUAUUAUUUAUUAUAAUUAUAAGCAAAAAGAAAUACAUAUAGAAAACAAAAAAAAAAAAAAAAAAUUUUAUAAAAGUUCAAAUUAUUAUAUAAAAGAAAGAUAUAACCAAUGGUACAAAAAAAUUAUUAUUAAUAAAACCAUAAAUAAUAUAAAUGAUCUAAUAAAUAUUACAAAUAAUCUAGAUAAUUAUUUGGAUUUGUAUUCAUUAAAAGAGAUGAACAAAAAUAUUAUAAAAAAUAUAAAAGAGAGGAAAAUAUUCCUUUCAAAUUUUAAAACUAAUAUUCACCAAAAAAAAUUAAAAAAAUUUCAACAUAAAGAAUUUAAUAAUUUAUAUAGAAAAGCAUUACAAUUAAAUCUACAUAUUUAUAAUAAAGAAUAUAUAAAAAUUAUCAAAAAUUAUAUUGAUAUUUUUAAUUUAUUAAAUCAAAUAAAACUGUUAUUUAAAAAUGUGGAAUGGAAAAAAAAAAAAUAUACAAAUAAUUUUCAAGAUAUUCAAAUUAAUGAUAUUCUAACAGAUCAUAAUAUAUUCAUACAUCUAUAUAAUAAAUGUAUAUAUUUAAUUACAAAGAUAAAUGACAUACAAUUAAAUUAUAAUUAUCAAAAUAUUUAUAAAGACUCUACACAAUUAUAUCAUAUUAUAAUCAAUCAGGAGUUACAACAAAACAAAGAUCUAAUAAAUAAAAAUAAAAAUAAAAAUUUAUCAAAAUAA